CUCAAGAUGACGUCAAUCAAAUAACAAAAUAGUCAAAGAGCUAUAAUAAUGCUAAUACUAAUAUAGCAAUUUUGUGCGCCGUCAGAAAUUUGUUCAAUGUACGCUAACUUAUUUUCACUAAAGCGUGUGGAAAAUACUACGUGCUUUAAAAUGAAUAUCACGAACAUCUGGACUUGGUAAAAUCUUGCUACUGCUGAAGUAUAAGUGAAAUAAGUGAGACUGGUAAGCGAUAAGAAGACUCUUACUCUUAGUCUUAGUCUCUACUCUACGUCUGUCUACGACUACUCUAAGUAAGACUAAUUUACUAUUAAUAUUAUCAAGAGCCAUCAAUCCUUGUAAAAGUAAAAGCAUUUGUAGAGCAAAGCCACAAAUUCACAAACAAAAAAACUUAAUAUAUGAUUUAAUGUCAAAUUUUAAAAAAUUGAAUUUGGGCCUAAUAAAUCUGGCACUGGCCUUACGUCCAGUGGGAAACUUGUCCACUUAUCUGCCAAACUUAAUAAGUUUGGGAAGCACUGGUCUAGGCCCCAAAAGGAGCAAUAUUUGUUUGGGCACUUUUUUAAAAAGUUAACUACUGCUGUUUUUUUGCCAUUAAUUCCAAAACAAAUAUGCUUUGCUUGUAAAUUUUAUCCUAGAGUUAGAGUAUAUUUUUUUUAAAGAGGCCCCCCAUAAAAUGAAAUUCAAUCAUAAAUCAUAAAGUAUGAAAUGCUUUUUUUUUUUUUUACCUUUUCCAUUAAUUUGGAGGGGGGACUUUUUUAGGUGCUCAGGUGGGGAUUGUCACAUUGUCAUCGUGGCAAAGAAAUUUUGAGACAGACUGGCCUAUUACGUCUUAUGUGUGUGAUGCAAUUUUGUAAUUAGAAGCUGUACAUUUCACUUUUUUAGCAUUCUUACAAGCUCUUCUUUCAGCUUGAUGAUGAUGGUAUGCAUUUUGCACCUCUUCUGUCUAUUUAUUUCCUUGUUUGACAGCAAAACACAAAUGGAAACUGUCUUUGUCAUACUCCUAUUGAUGGAUUGCAAUAUAAAUCUUUCUUGUACACAUGUGCAGACAUGACUGUUCAUUCAUUCAUACAUGCUCUGUCAGCUCAUUCUAUACAGGUCAUUUCAAAUUUGACCUGGUUCCAGUCUCUUGAAGUCACAGAGCCAGCACUGAGAGGGAAGAACAUACUGCACAUAUUAAUUAUAUUCACAACCCCUAUGUUGGCCACGUUGAACUUUAACUUACAAUAAAAUAUUGUUCUCUGCAUGGCUUCCAAAAAAAAUGGCAAACAUUUUUUUUCUCAUAUCCUGUUCUCCAGAUUAAACAUAUUUUGUUGUUUUUCUUUUACUACAGAGCCAACAGAGUGAGCAUUUGGGCAAAACAACCUUCAACAUGAGUGCUGGUCCUUUAAUAAUUGAAAUAAUCUGUACAUGUAUUUUGGCUGCAUUUUUACUCCAUCGAUAUGGAGAUCUGAAGAAGCAGCACAUACUGGUCACAGUUUGCUGUUUUAUUUCCUGGUACUUCUCACUAAUGAUCAUUUUCAUUCUCCCCUUGGAUGUUUCAUUGGUAAGUCAAAAAAAAGUAAUGUGCUUGUUUAAUUAACUUAAACUUUGUUUUUAUAUAAAUUCUGACCAGCAGAUAUAAUUCUAUGCCAAAUAAUUCUAUUAGGAAAGCUUUUUUUUUUAAAAAUCUUCGCUUAAAUUAGCUAUUGGCAGUUUGUUAAUUCCUAGAAGAACAUAAAUAUGGUUAUUAAUAGCUAAUGAAGGAGUUCUUACAAAAUGUAAUUUUUAAGUUAAAAAAUGUAUCAUGUUUUUCCACAGACAUUUUACAGACAAUGUGUGUCUGACCGCACACCAAAAAUAUUGACCUCUACAUUAUCAACUACUACAACUAUCAAUGAAACUCAUUUAGACAAUGGUUCAGCAGUAUCACCUAUGCCUAAUUUCAAUGGUAUUGGUACAGCAUCUUCUUACCAGUUUGUUCCUACUAGCAAUAAGAACCCACUGACAAGCUGUGGGCAACCAGCCAGCUAUGUUCCUAAUCAAGUCUUGCCAAUAUUAUGGAGAAUUAUUUAUUGGACCUCACAAGUUUUAACAUGGUACAAAUUUAAGUGUUAUUUAUCAUUAAACUUUACAUUUAAAGUCACUGUUAGUGUUAAGAAUCAUGUUUGGUGUUUUUGUGUUGUUGUCAAUCACUCUAGGGGUAUGAUAUUUACACUCUUGCACCAAUGCACAAAACAGAUUAACAAAAAUUCCACUUAUGAUUAUUAUAAAUAUUAAUUGCAAAAAAAAGUUCACUCUAAUGUAACACAGGUUCCACUUACUGGCCUAGCCAAAGAACUACAUAAGGUAUACUAAAGGGAUCACUGGCUACACUGCUUUCUCUUUCACUCUAUGUGUCGUGCUGUGCCCACUCUACUAACACUUGUCCCCUUUGUUCACACAAGUUCCUAAGCAUUUCAGCCACUUCCUUCUUUAAGUUUUAAGCUUUUCUCUCUCUGUUCUUUCACAUAAAUUAUUACUCACUCUGAUAAUUCAUAAACUAGUUUUCCUUGUGUGCUCUAGGUUAAUCAUGCCAAUGAUGCAGUCCUAUGCCAAGACAGGAGACUUCACUGUUCUUGGUAAAAUUAAAUCAGCCUUGAUAGAGAAUGCUAUCUUCUAUGGAACUUACCUUCUCAUUUUUGGUAUCUGUCUUAUCUAUGUGGCAGCUCAUGUUAAUAUUGAUGGGUGAGUUUGAUUGACUUUGAAAUUAAAUCACUAUUGACAAUAAUGUGUCUUUAAAUAGUAUUUUUACUUGAAGAAACUUAUUAAAUUAAUCAGAAAUACUCAAUAAGUAGACCUUAUAAAACUAAUGUACAAUUUUGUUUAGGGCAGAAAUAUGAAUUUCACUAAGUAAAUAUUUAUACAAAAUAAACCCAAUAUUUAAUAAGUUGUUUUUUUUAUUAUUGGCAACAAAAAAAAGUCUUAUCUUAUUGUAAUUUCAGAGAAAAGCUGAAGGUGAUUGGUGUCACUGCCAGUAACACUUGGGGUUUAUUUGUUUUGGUACUUAUGCUUGGCUAUGGAUUAGUUGAUGUUCCAAGGUCUUUAUGGAACAAAUCAAAAAAAGGCUACAUGCUGUCCAACACUUACUUUAAAAUUGCUAAACUCAGCACUGAAAAAACAGAGGCAGAGGAGGCUUUAGAAGAUGUCUUAGAGGUUAGGUCUUGGAUUAAAUUUUGCCUGGCAAUAUUUUUGAAUAAAUAAUUAAUAUUUUAAUUAUUCUCACAAUAUCUUAUGGGGAAAAAAAACUAUCCACUUUUGUAUGUUAUAUUUUAAUAUGUCAGUCUUUAUAUUUUUAUUUUUUUCUUGUUAUAACAGGAGACUAAAAGGACAGCAGAAAAAAUCCGUUACAAUCACCCACUGAGAAAACAUAUGGACACAGUUCUAACAAAGGUAUAUUUUAAAAUCAAGAUUUGUAUCUAUUAAGCCAGUGGUUGGCAAAGCAUGUCUCAUCUUUGAAGGAAUAGGUGCAGCUCUUGUUUUUACAUAUCUUUAAUAUUAUUUGAACCAUCCACCCCUGCCUGGGGCUACCAAAAAAAAUAUUUUCUAGGGAAUGUCAUUUAUAAACUGACUCCUCGCUCAAAAAAUAAUGCCCACCUGUGCACUAAUCUAAUUUCUACUAAAGGCUAUUAGUACUAUUUAGGUUUUACAUAGCUCACAAGUCAAGUGUGACAUUAUUGGUAAAUAAAUGAAAAGUCACAUACAGCUAUUGAGGAAAUUUAAAGUAUGUGAUGUGUAUUAUUUUAAAACACAUUUUCAUUUUUAAAAGGGUUGAGACUUUAUUUUUAGCAUGUAAUUUUUUUAUGGUUAAUUACAACUGUAUACUGUUUGGAAUCAUAAAACCUAAGAAUCUUACUUGCACACUAGUUAUUGCCAUCUGCUUAAAAUGUAUGUAUAUAAAAUCAUACAUUUUAUUGUCAUAUUUGUAAUCUACUUCCAAACCACCAGUGCCCAGAAAGUACCAGACUAUCUGUGAGGGGUAAAAAUGAUGACUUUGAAGACUUUAACCAGCCUGCAGAUUUACUCAGUGAAGGUGCAUUGGUAAAGCUACACAAAAAAGUCAUUAGGUACAUUGGUAUUUAUCAAGAGCUCUUUGUUGAAAUUUAGGCUAUUCUAAUUCAAAGUACACUAAUUGAUUCAUUUAAAAACUAUUCAAACUUUUAUAAUAAGCUCAAAUGAUACUAUUUUUUCAAAAGUACUUUUUUUUUUUCUUUCUUUCUAAUUUGUUCAGUAUACAAUUGAAUUAUAUGCAGGUAAAUUUAUGAGACAGUUUGUUAUUAGGUUAUAUAUUGGAUGAGUCAAUCAUGGGAUUGAAAUGUAUGUAACAGGCGAAGUCAGAUCCAUAGGCGCACCAGCAUUCAAUGGGCCAAUUUAAUGAGUACUGCCCUGGAAUGGGAAGACAUUGAUGCAAACAUGCAGAACAUUGAAAAGAGAUACAGACAUUCAGACCCUACAAGAGGAACAUUUUACUUUCCAUGGAUGAGAAAACUCUACACUCCAACUUUUGGUAAUGCCUGACCUAUUGGAUUGGAUUUAGUGCCAUAUUGUUAUUUCCAGCAUUUAAAAAAAUUCGAAAAAAAAAUUAAUCAUUCUUCUUUCAUUGUCCUGUCUUUCUAUUCAAGCUUCCACAUACCUUGUUCUACUAUUUCCUUCCCAUAGCUUGACCGCAGUCCUUCAUUUAUCAUCCUUUAAAUUAUUAAGCACUUUUUAUAAACAUACUUGGAAAUAGUUCACUUAAGAAUAUCCAUUAGUCAUAUCCAAUGCUUUUUACAGAAUGGUACUGGAAAUGCAUGUUUAGACCAUAUGUUUUCAUGGUGAGCGCUGGCAUAUUGACCAUUGUAUCAUUUAUGGUGGUUUGGUCGGAGUGUUUAUUCUUCAUCAAAGACCCAGUGCUGUCACUGUUUGCUGUCUUCAUCAAUCUGGCAAGGGAGAAUUAUGACUAUGUAUACAUUGAGGUAGGAUGAUAGCACUGCAAGUAGUACAGAAUUUUUAAAUACCGGUAUUCAAUUGAUUCAUUCAUGAUUCCAGGAACUUAAAGCUGUGCUUAAACUUUAUAAGACACAUUUGUUUUCUUUAUACGCUUAAAUUUUAUGUUUUUAUUUAAUGAUAUGAUUAGCAAUUUAUAUGACAUUGAUUGUUUGGAAUUUAUAUCUUUAAAAAAAUAUUUUAAAAACAUAUUCUUAAAGAUUGAUGAUUGCUUGAAACAGCAAUUAACAGCCGUUCAUUUUGAUAUUUCUGCUUUUGUGCUGGUUAUUUCACAUUUGCAUAUGUUUCUAUCACCCUUCCUACAAUUUACAGCUCUGUUUUGAUAUUGUUAUCAUCAAAUUUCAGAUCUGUCUUUUCAAUUCAAAAUUAAAUAUUUAUCCUUUGUAUUCCAGCUGGCCUCAGUGCUGACAAUAGCAUAUCUGUGCUUCUGUGCUUACUUUAGUGUAUUUAAAAUAAGGAUCCUCAACCUGUACUACAUUGCUCCACACCAUCAAACCAAUGAGCACAGUUUAAUCUUUAUUGGCAUGUUAGUAAAUAAGUAUUUAGUUAUAAAAGCUCAAUAAUGUUAUUAGUAAAUUUUGAAGACUUAUACAAAAACAUUUUUUGUUUCCAUUAUAGCCCUGUGAAAAGAUCAGAAAAUAAAUGUUGAUCUUAUGGGUGAAAUGAGUUAGGCACUGCAGUCUUAUGGGAUGGUUUAUAUUUUUUUAGAUUUUUUUAAGAGUUUCAUUAUUUACCAUUGAGAGAUUGAGAUUAAUCCAUUAUCUGCAGGAUGCUUUGUCGCCUGACUCCACCAAUGUGUUUGAACUUCCUUGGUCUAAUUCACCUGGAUAGUCACAUUAUACAAGAUAAAAAGAUAGAAGAGACAUCAUACACUAAGGUAGGGGGCAACACCACUAUUUUUUGUACCGGUACUUUUAGUAUGUAGUUUGUAAUAUUACCUAGGAAGGGCCUAUUGUUUACUCUUCACAAGUACAGGUAUUACAGAAUUUUUUUUUUAUAUCAUGUAGAUCAUUUUAAUUUAGGAUGCUGGCAUUGCAUAGUUCAGUAGUAUUAAUUGAUAGGCUGGUGUAAUCAUCUCUAGUUCAGUAGUAUUAAUUGAUAGGCUGGUGUAAUCAUCUCUAGUUCAGUAGUAUUAAUUGAUAGGCUGGUGUAAUCAUCUCUAGUUCAGUAGUAUUAAUUGAUAGGCUGGUGUAAUCAUCUCUAGUUCAGUAGUAUUAAUUGAUAGGCUGGAGUAAUCAUCUCUAGUUCAGUAGUAUUAAUUGAUAGGCUGGUGUAAUCAUCUCUAGGGGUGUGCCGGAUCCGUUUUUUCCAACCGGAUCCGGAUCCGGAUUUUCUUAUGCGAAAUCCGCCGGAUCCGGAUUCCGGUUUCUCCCGGAUUCCGGAUUUUGGUACUAUUGGUAGAUACUUCGGUAAAUCAAGGUGGACUACUACUUUUUGUGUAUGGGAAUUCGCAAUCGGCGCCAAAAAAUCCGAGUUUUUAAUUUUCCGAUGUGUGUGUCUAUUUAUUAUUAAAUUAGUACUUUCGAUAUAUAUUUGAGUUCCGUUCCAUUUGGAUAAGUGUCUUACGAGAGACGCCAUGUUUCUACGCGUUCGCAGCAGGUUAUGCAGCUCGCUCAACCUAAUUUCGCCAUGGGGUUGGCCACGCCCCCCUUUUUAAUGGCGGAAGUUGACGAUACUUAGGAAAUAUUAAUUUAUUAUCACUAUUUACAUCAAAAUAAUUGAUAACUUGUGUUUCAGAAUGCAUUUAAAGACAUUUAAACUGGAAUGUUUUAAUUUGAGCUUUAACAACCCGGUAGAAUCCAUAUUAUAAAUGAUCAGAAUUUACCGUGUGCAACACGUUGUCAUUGGCAACCAUUCACAGCCACUUGCAUAACUGUAUCGUAGUACUACCUCAGAGUUUCAUUCAUAAGAGUUUGCCGUGUGCAAAAACUAUUAAACCAUUGGUCAGGGAAAGCUUUAAUUAAUUAUUCAUGUGCCAAAGUUGAAAGUUUAAACUAAGUCUAAACAGUAUUUUAGUGAUAAGGCAGGGAAUGCGUUGCCUUAUAUAAACUAUAUAGUCAUUGCGCAUGACGGGAUUGGCGGAAUGAGAUCACAGAAUGUGGAGAUGCAGUCCAUGUUAAAAAAUGACAAACCAAGUCGUACUUUAAAAAUUCAUAACUUUAAAACUACAACAGCUAAAAAUAUGAUUUUGGUGUUAUAAUUCUUUAAAAAAUUACAUCUUUUCAACUAUGCCAUUGGUUUAUUUUUACAAAAAGUUUAAAUUUUCUUAUCAAAGUCCCUACACUAUUGGCCACUAUUAGCGGUGCUGACUCUAGCCUCUGGUAUGUACGGAAUAUUAAACAUUAAACAAGCUCAACGCUCGAAACAAUCGAUUAAUGUAUCGUGAUCGUGUGGAAUUCGGGAAAGAGAAUUACUUUUAUUUCAGAUUAUGAUCCGGUGAGUCACAAAAUCUGGCAAAUUCCGAAAUCCGGUAUAUUCCGGAUUCCGGAAUCCGGUUGUUCCGGAUACAUGUAAAUCCGGCGGAACCGGAUUUCACCGGAUAGUGCAAAAUCCGGCGGAACCGGAUUCCGGACCGGGGUCCGGCACACCCCUAAUCAUCUCUACAUAUGGGUUUCAACAUCUUUUUUAUUCUCAGAUUAUGGGCCACAUGGACGUCAUCUCAAUAAUUUCCAAUGGCUUCAACAUUUAUUUUCCCAUUCUGAUUGUUCUUCUGUGCAUCUGCACUUACUUCAGUCUUGGAAGUCGAGUCCUCAGCGCUCUGGGAUUUCAGCAGUUUAUUGGGGAUGAUGACAUGACACAGGAACUUAUUGAUGAAGGCAAAGAGCUUGUUGCAAGAGGCAUGUUUCCUUGCUUCUUCAGAAUUUAAUAUAAAUAGAUGUACCUGUAAUAAUAUUUAAAAAUCCUUGUGUGGGCUUUUUUUUGCCAUCCCAUUUUAAAACAGUUGUUGACUCACUCGUGGGGUGGGGGGCUUUUUGUGUUAAAUUUAAAUGAGAGAUUUAGAAUUUGAACCCUGUUGUUUGAUCAUUAAUCUGUAGGCAUGGGUACUGUUAAACAUUUGCGACCAUUCACAUGGUGGUUUAAUGUUUUAAAAUAACUUUUUACAGUUGUAAUUGCUUUUAUUAUCACUGCACUCCAAGCAACACAUUCCCUUUUUAAUUAAAUUGUGGUUGUCACCCAAGUGCAUGAUUGCAUAUCCGAGCAGAACAUUCUUCCUUUUUACAGUAUAUAUCUUCUUCCACUAUUUAUUUAGCGUACUCAUAAAAAGAAGACGGAAGGAUGCCAUAUAUUCUUUAAAAUACUCUAUGAAAUAGUGAUAUGACAAUUCCCAAUAGAGAUAACCGAGUUAAUUUUCUAUGCUGAAGUUAAAAUUAUUAUUACCGGGUACUUAUGUAUGUAAAUAUUCAGAUAUUUUUUAGUCAUUUGAUGUAGCCUUUUAGUAAAACAAUCACUCAUUUGACUUGUUUUCAAUGAAUAGUGAAAACAGAUAGUAAAUAAUAAAACAUUAAGGCUUGAAAAUAAAAGACAAGACGAUUGUUUCAAUGAAGCUUCACUCCAGUUCUUGACACUAUUUGUCUUGAAUUUAUUGCUGUUCAACCAUCUUACAGUCAACCAGCUAUGGUACUCUGGUACUUGAAGUCAGAAAUGCACCAGUUAUUCAAUAAGAAUCAUUUAAUUAGUAUCUUUUAAAAAUCAUACAUAUUUUCAUAAUUAUUUUAAAUUUCUAUAGAAAAGAGAAAAAUAGAAAGGAAAAAUGAUGCUGAGGCUAGGAGAAAAACCUGGACAGAAAGAUUUGGAGAUGGUCCAUCCAACAAGGAAGUUCCAAUGUCCUCUGAGAGGAGAGGUGAGUGUACACAAUACUGGUAUUUCUUUUCUUUUAGUUCUCUUAAAAUAUUUUAAAUACAAUUUUAAUAAAAUAAUGGGAAGAAAAUAUUACAUGUGCGAUUUAUUAACAGCAGAGCGAUACACUGUACCAAGAAGUCCAGAUGAAGAUGAUAGGUCAGAACUGUUGCGGUCUAUUGAGCCUGUCGAUUACCGGGAGGAUCUGGAGGACGGUUUAUUUGCCGGAGCACAAAGCUACGGAGGAGGAGUCAACCGUACUGAAAAUGGUGGAUAUCAAUCGAGACUUUCCAGACCUGCCAGCAGUAGACCUUCUGGUAGAGCACCCAAGGGAAUCUUUGAUGAUGUCUGAUCAAAUAACAAGGGGCAUCUUCUUUGUUGGUUGUAGAGAAAAGGUUACAUGUAAUUAGUAGAUGUGGGAAUGCAGGUUACGUGUAAUUAGUAGAUGUGUGAAUGCACUUUUUUUACAUGAGUUUUUAGGGUAGCAGUUCCGACGGUAGAGUAUUUCAUAUGAGGGGUAAAAUAGUCAUCUUUUUAGACAAUUUAAAUAAUUUAGUUGAUAGGCCACAGUGAUUGUAUGUGUUGUAAAUUUGUGUGUAAAUCUUGCACAGGCCAUGCACAUGUUAAUCACUUUCAUUUCAUGUCUUGUUCUUUGGUACCGGUAAUGCAAAACACUGUUCAAGCUUUGGGAAAGAUUCUCUCAGUGUUAAUGAAAUACGAUAUGUAAUAUUAAAAUCCUCCCAUUUUUAAACAAAAUUUGGUCUAAUGUCAUUAUUUUUAAAAAGUUAUAGAAAAAUGGUAACAAAUGACAAAAACAACCUAAUAUUGUUUAAAAUUAUUUCCAAAAUAAAUCCUAUCCAGUGUACUUAAUAUUUGCUAUUGAAUGCAAUAAAUUCACAUUGAUCAUAUUACAUAAUAUUCCUGUAAGUCAUCUAAUUCAUCUAAGACAAUAACUCCCAUAGUGGGUCAUGUUACUACAACUGGGACCAAGGUUUCCAUACUGACCACAGUUGGCCAUGUAAAUAUAACUCCUUUUAAAACAUUUAUGGGAGGUCGCUUUAGGAGGAUGAUGGGUCUGUUGUCAAGAGUGGGCCCCUGGGCGAUUUUUCUUAUUUUUUAUUCUUAAUUGAUCAAGUUGGUGUAGCCUUUUCAUAUCCAAAGGCAGUUGGCCUGCAAAAGUUUGUAAAACAUAAUUUAAAGCAUAAAAGAAUAAUUAUUGCUAUUUAUUUGGCUGCUGGUAUUAAUUUGCUAGCUGUAGCAAUAAUUUAUGGCUGGUUCUAAGAUAUGAAAUUAUGCCUCAAGUCCACUGUAAACUAAGCAACUGUGAUAACAGGGACUGGACAAGGAAGUCUACAACACUUGGGCAAAAAUGCUUCAGCUAACACAAUUUGGUCAGUUUAAAAUUGUGCAAAUAAUAUUGUAGGGAUGAUAUUGCUUGCAAUAUGUUUGAUGUGCUUUUACAAUUUGUAUAUCAUGAAUAUUUACUUUAUAAUUAAAUGAUUCUGGCAUUUCAAUAACUUUUACCUUUUCUGCAAAUUGAACUGGAAUAUCUUUAUUGCAGCAUAGGGUUUUUGUGUCAUGUUAUAUAUUUACAUUGUCAACUAGUUAUACCAAUACCAGGUACUAAUAUUUAAACAUAUAGUGAUUAUAUUUAUCUGCAUCAGUUGUGUUUUUACAUUCAUAUUAUUUGUCUUAUAUGUUUAAUACCUAAAAAUGGGAACAUUUUUGUUGAUGUUUAAAUGGGUUUUAUUAUACUUAUUUUGGGCGAAGUAGAUGGCAAAAGCUAAAUAUAUAUGGCUGCAUUUACCAGCUUUGACAUUAUGUAGGAGUCUUGUAGGACUUUUUAACUAUUGGCUAUAAAUGUAAUACAUUAUUUGUAUAAGUAAAAGACGCAGAUCAUGUUUCUGUUUUCCAAUAUCAUAUAAGCUAGC